AUGAGAGCUCUUGAGACCGGCAUGGCUGUUCAUCGCGAAGCUCGCAAGAGUGGAUUCGAGUCAGAUGCUUUCGUGGCUUGCGGACUUGUGGAUUUGUAUGCGAAGUGUGGGAAUAUGGAGGAUGCGAGGAGGAUCUUUGAGCACUUCGCCAGCCACGACGUUGUCUCGUGGACGGCGUUGAUACUUGGCUAUGGUGACAAUGGCGAGAACGAGGUGGCGGUGGAGCUCUUCUUGCGCAUGGUUCACCAGGGAUACCAUGCAAACGCUCGGACUUUCGUGGCAGUGAUCAAGGGUUGCAGCAGCCUUGCCGAGGAGGAGCAAGGCGGAAGUGUGAUAAAGUUUCACGCUCUCACCACUGGAAUGGCGAUCCAUCGCCUCGCAGCUGUGAACGGUGGCUGCGAUUCCAGGGACGUUUUCGUGGGGAACACUUUGAUCGACAUGUAUGCAACGUGUGGAACUAUGGUGGAUUUCUGGCGAGUUUUCGAUGCGAUGCUUACACGGGGUGUGGUCUCGUACAACGCAAUCAUGCUGGGCUAUGCCGAGAAUGAUGGCGAGGCUAUGGCGCUCGAGCUACUCGCGGCCAUGCACAGGGAAGAACCACGCGUUGUAGCGAAUAGCUUGAUCUACCUUGCUGCUGUGAAGGCUUGCAAUCACUUGGCAUCGCGAGAAGAAGCCAGGACUUCGAUGGAAGAGCUGUGA